UGCGCUUUUCACGAGUUGGAGGAGGUCCUUUUACACAGCCCCAGGGCUUCGACUGAGAAUGAGGCGCUGGAUUCUAAAUGAGUAGAUUUGAAGCAAAUCAAAGGACAACUCCACACACCAAGAGCAGGAUGAGACUUGCACUUUUGGCUAUUCAGUAAACAGUAGUGGACAUUCAACAGAUUUUAUGGUCGAUGAGGACGUCGUUUUUCCACAGACAGGGAUUUGUCUCACCUAGAGGUCCCACCCUGGUGUCAUCAGGGUCACUGUAGGUGGACAGUGAGUCAUGCUAAGGGUCCAAGAUCAGGAGCACUGAACAAAUGAGUGAGCAACAGAUUUCCAAGUAAAACUAUGUACAGAAGCACGGAGGUGGAGCGUGGUGGGGAGGAUGUCCCAGGACGGAAGAAGUCCCGGUUCAAAGCGCUCAAGUCGCGCCUGUUUGGGAGGCUGAGGAGGAAGGACACGGACGGCGUGAUAAAGCCCAGUCAGUCCGCCAGUGACAUCAUGGCGCCCGAGGCUGCCAGGGGAGGUUACGACUCCGAGGAGGAUUCUCUCUGUCCCAGAGGGACAUUAAGCUCGAGAGCCUUGUCCCAUGACAGCAUCUUCUUGGCUGAUCAGGCUCAGAGCUCCUCAGAGUCAACUCGCGUCCUGUCACAGGAGAAUGUCCACAGCAAAAUCAAAGCCUUACAGAUGAAGCUGCAACAGCAGAACUUCCACCUGGGGCCUCCUCCCCUGCUGAUCCCCAGCAAGCGGCAGGAGGACUCGGGAGCGACCUCGGACGACGACGGCUUACCACACAGCCCGCCGGAAAUCUCCUUCCAGGAUGGAGGAAGACACACCUCAUCCUAUAAGAGGAAUCACAGCUCCCUCAGCCUGGCUGGAACUGGCAGUGAGGAGGAAGAGCAGACUUCCUCCAGGCCUCUCUCGCCUCUGUCCAGGCCGUCCCUCAGAGCCAGCAGCCCCACACGCACGGCCGCGUCGUCCCCUCCUCCUGACUUCAGCUCUCCAGCUCAGUUCACGUCCAGCCUGGACACGUCGGCCGCACGUCACAAGAUGGCCGUCAAGCCCCGAAACCAGAGACCCAGUAACAAAGCGAAGAAGAUGUCUUCUAGUGUGCUCCGGCCGCGCUCAGAGAGCAUGCACGACCUGGUCCAGGUGCUAUCGGAGGGAGAGGAGGACGGGCUGGACGGAGCCGGCCCGUCCGAGGAGAGAUCUCGCUUCCGCUCCCACUCCACCCAAAUCGGCGUGAGCGACAGGGAACGAUUCACUUUCCUGGAGCUCCGGGCGGACAGAGAGUACAGUUUGUCACCGCUUCCACAGGAGGAGCACUCGCCCACGCCUGACCCAGAGGAUCGCAUCCCCAGAGCCAGUUAUGGCCUGGUCCUCAGCGAGGACGAAGACCCUGAGCAGACAGACCCUGAGGUGCGGGUCACUCCAAACCCUCUGUAUCUGCAGCCCAUGCCUGAAGACCUGCAGGCCGAGCCCUCUGAUUUCACCCCUGCCCCUGAGCUGGAGUCCACACUGCCUGAAACUACAAAGACAGAGCCUGCGACCACAGAACGUUCCAGAGAUGAGGAGCAUGAAGAGGAGGAGGACGCUGAGGAUCUAACAGAAGCACACAAACAACUGGACACCACUGAGGGAAAUCUGCUGCCUAAUGUCACUCCUUCCCGACUGGACUUAGAGAUUCCUAAGCUGUAUGAACAGAGUGUGGAUGACCAUGAGCAGUGUGUGGAUGACCUUGAACAGAGUGUGGAUGACCUUGAACAGAGUGUGGAUGACCUUGAGCAAAGUGUGGAUGACCCUGCAGGUGAAUAUAGGCCAACACAGGAAGCCGAGAGUGUCCCCUCUGGAGAGAAGAGGAAGAGUCUGGUCAGUGACGUGAGCCUACAAGCUGUCAGUCAAGCAGACACUCUCACCAAAUAUCAGCCUGUUGCAGCGCCUCGGGUCAGCAAGCCCACGUCAGAUCUCUCAUACACUGUCCCCCUGAGAAGGGGAGCAGAGAGCUCAGCUGAGAGUGACAAAGAGAUCUCCGCACACCCUGAGGUUGUACUUAGAGCGAGAGUGACCCCUGCAGGUCAGGAAAGUCAAAUGCUCCUGGACAAUGAGAAACGUCGACCAAAUUCUGGGUCUUUUUCUAUAUCUUCAGCACGACGCCGCUCCAGAGUUGUUGAUAGUGGGGAAUGGAUAACCAAUCCAGAGGAGGUAAGGAAGCCUGUAGAGCCAGCAUCUAGAGCUCCUUUAAACAAUAAAGACAUACCAGAGAAGCGUAGAGAGCAACUAGAACAGAAAACCAAAGAAGCCGCACAGAGACACCAGUUAGCUCCAGAGAAGAGAGGCAGUCUGAGGAGAGAGAUUGUGCCAGACGGUGCCGUCACUAGAGCGGUGGAGGAGAAGAUGGACGAGCGCUCCAGGGACGCCAAACGAAGGACAGAGACAACGGAGGAGAAGAGGAACGCGUUUGGGGUGACCCUGCGCACUACAUCCCUGUCUCUCAAGUACCGCUCAGAAACAGCCCAGUCCGAAGCCAAAUACAAACGGCACAGCCUGGAGGCCAGCAACAAGAGGGCCAUCUCUGAAGAUCUGCCAGGUCAACACACAGGAAACCUUCAGUCUUCCAGAGACACGGCCAGCUCAACUAUGAGGGCAGAAGCUCCAAAAAAGUCCUUUGGGCUCAGAAAGAACCCUUCCAUGAGCUCAGACUCUGGCCCAACUGCUACUUCUGCAGAAGAUCUUAAAAGCAAAGACUCAGCUUCCACAACCAGACCGUGGGAUCGAGAGGGUGCAGCCCUACAGAAAACCGCCUCCACACCAACACCACCUAAGCUGCCAGCCAAACCAUCCACACUACCACCAGCACCAAAGCCCACCCCCAGAGUAGCCACCGACAGGCCACUGAGCUCCUGGGGGACGGACAGGACAGCAGCGGACAGGAGGUGUGAUUGGGCAAACAUGGGCGAUAAAAAAGCCACUGUGAGCAAGAUGAGUGACAGAGCCGCAUGUGGAGACUCCCAGACCAAGUACAUUUCCAAACCAGCAGCAGGAUGUUCUGAUAGUUCCGGGUCACAGGCGUCAUCUUCACCAUCCCUACAACAAUCCGCCAGGGGUCAGCCAUCUUGGAUGGAGCUUGCCAAGAGAAAGUCUUUAGCAUGGAACGACAAGACUGACAGCAGACACAACUAUGAAUAAGACCUUGGAACUUGGAGCACUGUCAGGACCCUGAGCAGGUUGCUCUGUGACUGGACCUAGUAGUUACUGUAGGCAUAUGACUACCAUGAACCAGUUAUGAUAUCUCCUACUGGUACCUUUCUUUCUCUUUGCACAAUAAAUCAUGCCUUUCUAAA